AUUGAGAUGAGACCUAAAGAAAAGACUAACCCAAACCUCUCAGCCUCUCACUCGCUCAGUCCUUCAGCCACGCACGGCGCAGCCCCUUCGCUCACGGUCAGCCACGCACGGCCCAGCCUUUCUCUCUCUCUCUGUCGUUCGCGCUCGUCUUCUCCACUCCUGACUCGCGGUGCGGUGGUUCUCUUCUCUGUUCAGCUCAGUCACGGCCACUAUCUCCCAAGCUUCAACCCUUCUCAAGCUACGGAUGAUGUUACCGGAUUAAAAAACUGAGAUUUUGUUGCAUGAAUUACUAGCUAGAACUGAAAAAAUAUGCCUGCAUUAAUCUCGCCACGCUUUUUCCUUUUUGGAGGGUCGCUUCGCUUCCAAAAGUUUACCCAUGUUUCUAGGACGACUUGGUUCCACAGCAGUGUAGCGGUUCAGCAUCAGGUUGAUCGUGCCAAUGGACCUCUCACUGUUGAAAGCCUUGGUAUUAAGAGUAAGAUUGAAACCACAGAACCAAGGGAAGCAAGUAAAAUGAAAAGGUUGAAUACUCGUAAUGAAGUCCCCAAAGCUAAGAAGGCCAUAAGAAGCAAUGUGAUUAAGCCAACUGGGAUGCCAAAGAAGCUUGAAAUUGAGGCAGCACCAUUUGCAGCCAAGUCAUUUUCCGAGCUUGGCCUGCCUUCCACUUUGAUUGAGAGGUUAGAGAGUGAGGGCUUCACAACUCCUACCGAUGUUCAGUCUUCGGCUAUUCCUGUGAUUCUCAAUGGUCAAGAUGUUGUUAUUCAGUCUUACACGGGUUCAGGGAAGACUCUUGCUUAUUUGCUUCCAAUUCUCACUAAUGUAGGUCCACUAAAGGAGGACCGCCCUUCUGAUGGAUAUAGAGAAUCUGGGAAGAAAACGGACAUAGAAGCUGUCAUAGUGGCUCCUUCUAGGGAGCUGGGUAUGCAAAUUGUUAGGGAGGUUGAGAAACUAUUAGGUCCAACAGACAAAAGAGCGGUUCAGCAGCUGGUGGGGGGUGCAAAUCGUUCUAGGCAGGAAGAAGCUCUUAAGAAAAACAAACCUGUCAUUGUUGUUGGGACGCCUGGCCGGAUUGCUGAGAUCAGUGCUGCUGGGAAGCUUCACACUCAUGACUGUCGUUACUUGGUAUUAGACGAAGUUGAUGAACUCCUUUCUUUUAACUUCCGCGAGGACAUGCAUAGGAUAUUAGAACAUGUUGGUCGAAAACCAAGUGCAGACCCCAAAAACUCGGCUGCCAAGAGAAUCGAGCGGCAAACCAUUUUGGUUUCAGCAACAGUUCCAUUUGCAGUCACAAGAGCAGCCAGGAGUUGGGGGAAUGAUCCACUUCUUGUCCAAGCCAAAAAAGUCGUACCACUUGAAUCCAUCCCACAAUCUGGGCCUGUCCUGUCGAAGUCCUCGGCCAAUUCAACCUCGAAUCCUCAGACACAGCCAACAGUGGAGCUACCUCCCUCAUUGAAACACUUCCAUUGCGUCACAAGAGUACAGCACAAGGUUGACACAUUGAGGAGAUGCGUUCACGCACUUGAUGCCAAGUCUGUUAUAGCCUUCAUGAACCACACAAGGCAGCUAAAAGAUGCAGUCUUCAAGCUCGAGGCUCGUGGAAUGAUAGCAGCAGAGCUACACGGCGAUCUAGGCAAGCUUGCUCGAUCAACCACUUUGAAAAAAUUCAAGAAAGGAGAGAUCAGAAUUCUUGUAACGAACGAACUCUCGGCUAGAGGUUUGGAUGUGGCAGAAUGUGAUCUUGUGGUCAAUCUAGACUUGCCCACAGACACAAUUCACUACGCUCACCGAGCUGGUCGCACCGGACGAUUAGGUAGGCCAGGCACAGUUGUAUCACUGUGUGAAGAACGAGAAGUUUUUGUUGUGAAGAAGAUGCAAAAGCAGCUAGGGGUGCCUAUUCCUGCUUGUGAGUUUGUAGAAAGCAAGCUUAUUGUGACCGAAGAUGAGUAGAAGAUUACUUCAAAGAGUCAACAAAGUAUUUUUUUUUUAAAUUUAUUUUUUUGUUAUUUUUACUUUGUGCAACCAUAAGAAUCUAUAUAAAUAUUAUUGACUUGGGAAGAGAUGAUCAUACAUAUGAAGUUGGUAAUAAUAGUAAGUAAAGAAAGUGGAGUAAUCUAAUUGUAAUUUUUAUAGUGGAAAACUAGUUGUAAUAAAAAAUUACAUAAUCAACUCCUAUAAAUUAUUGGUAAAAUCUGAAUAAAUCUUUUUUUUAUUUUAA